AUGCAUAGUUUCAGAGCCGAAACAGCGACCUCGAGUUUCACAACGAGCGAAGCCCUCGCCGAUAUAAUCGGUCUUCUCUCACGCUCUAGCGCACCACUUAAUGAAGUCCAACCCCCAGGUGAUCUGGAUUUUGGGCUGCCUGCGGUUCCUGAAUAUUUCAGCGACAGCCCACAUCCAACAGCUGAAUGGAUGAGCCAAGGGGGUCUGAAUGGUCCUGAAUGGGACGCAGGCCUAGGGUCGAGUGAAUACCUGAAUACCACCGAAAAUACAGAUACCCUAGAAAAAUCUUGGGACGGAUCCACUGCGAUGGACGCCGCGUGGAUCACCGACUUGGGACUCAGUCCUGUCGUCCUCGAGCAUCUUCUAGUCAGGUUCCGCGGUAUGGCGUCCUACUUUCCAUUUGUGCGGCUCUCACCUGCCUGGACCGCUGCAUCGAUGGCCGAAGAUCGCCCCUUCUUAUUGCUUGCAGUUGCUGCUGUUGCUUCUUCAAAGUACUGUCACCUUCAAGGUGCUCUGAUCAAACAAUUUAAAGAAUCUCUUAGCCAGCGGGUCAUCAUCGCUGGAGAAAAAGAUCUAGAUCUGCUCCAGGGAUUACUCGUCCACCUUGCCUGGUUCCAUUUCCACUUAAUUCCAGGAAGUCAACAAACCUAUCAAUACUUGCAAAUCGCAAUCAGUAUGGUCAUUGAUCUUCGUGUUGAUCAAGAGGCUACCGACUUGCUUGAGCAGCGAACCGAGCUGGGUGAUACUUAUACCCGGGAAGCAUGUCGUGCUUACCUAGGCUGCUAUUACAUGUCUAGCUUGUAUGAUGCCAUUCUCCACCUGAAUAAGCGCCAAUGGGCUUGUGCUGACUUGGAUAGAAUAUCAAUGUCUUUGUCAAAGCCCAACAAUCUCAAAUUUCACGAGGACAUGCUUCGAUGCGCUAUGAUGCUACAAAAACAGCCAGAAUUUGACACAGACCAUUUAAUAUACCCAGUGGCGAAAGUGUUACAGUUUGCCGAGGAAGUCUGCGAGACAUAUCGGUCCGAAGGCAUUCAUGGAACUCGGUUGUGCAUCCAUGCCGAACGAUUCACGACGCGGUUAGAAGAAUGGUGGUCGUCUCUAUCGACGGAUCUUCGCAACACGGUAUUGCUGGUCAACGGCUAUUAUACUGUCAAGAUCCGGAUUCAAGAAAUGGGCUUGGUAUAUUGCUACGGGCAGAGAAGGCCACCAUCCUCAAAGGCACAGGAAGAUUCCACCAUAUUAUCUACACCUCCAAUGGUGAUCAGCAACUUGGUCAAAUGCGUCAGCUCUGCGAAGGAGUAUCUCGAUCUAUUUUUUGCCGUUCCCGCUUCGGAGCAUAAUAGCUUACCAUUUUCCACGUGGUAUCAAGUUAAUCUCACGGUAUUUGUACUGUACAGGUUAUUUGUGGGGCUGCCAGAAGUGCCUGAAUGGAACGGGGAGAUUGCACAGCAAUCUGUAAAUCUACAGGAAUACCUUGAUACACUGUUGUCUAAUCUGCAGGCCAUCAAGCCAUCGCCAGAUACGCAAAUACCCACCAAGAGCCUCUUUUCAAUGAUGCCUGAGAUCAUAGGAAGUGUGAGGAAGUCCUAUGCAGUGUCAAAAGAGAAUCUCGCACACGCUCAUGAUAGUUACCAUGCACAUCACGAGGUUGUGGCAUCAAAAUUUACAGCUUCAUCUGCUCAAGGGCUGCACCGCUGCCCUGGAUUACGGUAUAGGAACCGCCAUGUCACCCAGGCUCUGGAUCAGCCCGCACUACAGAACGCCAUUGCUACAGAAAUCCAGAUGAUAGAAGAUGAAAAGCUUUGGGGUGAUCUUCUGUUGAUGGAUACAUUUUCUAGCAUAACAGGUUCCUCAUCUGCUGAAAUUUGA